UCUUAUUUUGUGUUGUUUCCUGACAUACCAAGUUUCAGUUUUAGAUUAGUUGUCUACUCACUGGCGCAAUAUAAAGGUGUAGUGUGCAUAGUCAAGCCUAACCGUGGGAAAUGGACAUUACACUUUGAAAUCACGCAGCUGUUAAACAUGCAAGUACUGAACUGUAACGAGCUACCAGGAGUCCUCUGUUUUACCCGUGCUGCUAAAGGCCACUUGGCUGGACGUCGUGGGCUGUGUUGUGGCUGCCCAAGAGGAUUAUCUUCGGUGCUUCUGCCUUUCAAGGACAUACCUGGCUUUUAUCAGCAGGGAAACCUGAUGUUUGAUCUGUGCGCCUCGAGACUACCUGGGUGGGUGCCUGUGCUGCCACCUAUAGUGAAAAUCCGCCAAACACGACCAGAUAACACGGCCAGCUCAGCGGGGGGCGUCUCGCGUCAUUUUGGCUGCAGCGGUGGAACGCACCGUGCACGAAAGCUUGAAUGGUCCUCUGUUUUCCAGCUUUCCCAUUUAACCAGGCACUACGUUGAGAAGCCCUAACACCAACGUGGGUCACGAUUUAUCAUCAGUAAAAUGGCUCACCAUUCGAUCUACGACGUGCGUCGGACACGUGUAUUCAUUUUAAUGUCAAUAAUAUGGUGUUGGUGUCACGCCCUCGCUCAAGAUAAAGAGCUGAACCUGACUAUUCUUCACACCAACGACAUUCAUGCUCACUUGGAAGAAAGCAACAAAUAUGGUGGCGAAUGCUUUGAUAAAAAGGGUCCGAAUUCUACAUGCGUCGGGGGAGUUGCCCGGAUUGUGACUAAGGUAAAGGAAAUUAGGCAAAACGUGCGGAAUGCGUUGUUUAUGAACGCCGGAGACUUCUUCCAAGGCACGCCUUACUACACCAUCUUCAAGGAAAGCGUCAUAAGUGCAGUCAUGUCAAAGAUGGGCUACAACUAUGCGUGCCUUGGAAAUCACGAAUUCGACGAUGGACCGGAGAACCUGGCCCGUUUUCUUCAGAAAAUGAAAGAAGCUGGUGUGACGAUUGUCGGCACAAACACAGAUUUUUCAAAGGAGCCGCUGCUCUCAGGAAACGAGCUUGAGAAUCAUGCAAUAAUAGAUAUUGACGGGACGAAGAUCGGAAUUCUAGGCGCGGUAAUUCCUAGCACGCAGUAUACUUCAAGCCCAGGACCAAACGUGGAAUUUUACGAUGAAGCCGAUAGCUUUAAAAAGGAAGCUAGUAAACUUGUCAGCGAAGGCGUGAACAUAAUUAUCGCAAUUACACAUAGCGGCUUCCAGCAAGAAAUUGAGAUUGUUGAUAAAGUGCCAGAAAUAGAUGUCCUCGUUGGCGGACACACUAACACUUUCCUUUACACGGGUGAUGACCAUCCAAAGGAGAAUACGCCCGAAGGUCCAUACCCAUACGUUGUUAACAGAACUGACGGCAGCAGAGCCCUCGUUGUGCAGGACUUCUGGUUUGGGAAAUUCCUUGGCCGGCUUGACGUGACAUUUAACAGCACGGGUCACGUUGUGGAGUGGGGAGGAAACCCUAUCCUACUCAAUGCUGCUGUCAAUGAAGACCCUUGUAUGACUGAAGUCAUACAGCCAUAUAAGGAAAACCUCACAAGAGAGAUGGGGCAGGUGAUCGGCAGGACUAAGGUCCUCAUGGAGCACGAAGACGACAUCUGUAGACUGAAAGAGUGCAAUAUCGGUAAUCUGGUUGCCGACGCCUACUACGACUACUACGUUAAACGAGAAACAACAAAGCCUCCGGCAUGGUCGGCACUCAGCGGUGCCGUCGUUAAUGCUGGGAGCAUUAGAACAGCUCUCCCGAGCUUCCACAACGUCACAAGAGGAGACGUUCUGACAACUUUACCAUAUGGAAAUUCGCUAGUCACGGUCACACUCACCGGCACUGACAUAUGGAACAUGUUCGAGCAUUCUGUCACGAAUUACACGACAGAGAAAAAUAAACAUAAAGGACGCUUUCUUCAGGUAUCAGGCUUCCGGGUGACAUUCGACUUGACAAAACCCAAUUACAGUCGUGUUACUUCGAUCAGCGUCCUUUGCGCAAAUUGCAGUGUGCCGCAUUACGAGCCACUUAACCUGUCGGCGACCUACGGCAUAGUUACUGCAGACUUUCUUACGAGAGGUGGCGACGGCUUCGAGUUCGACAAAUCAGUAACUAUUAGCGACGGUGGCCCCAUUGAAUACGAAGCACUGGAGGAGUAUGUCACGAAGAUUUCACCAAUAAGAACACCAAAUGAGGAUCGUAUCAAGAUCACCUGGAAUUCUUCAGACGAAGAACAAGUACGAAACUAUACAAAAACAACGCGUGAAAGUCAAAUUUGUGACGGCGCAGUUUGUACAAACGAAUAAAAAUAUCGUACCGAGCAAAACACAA